AUGCUUGGAUUCACAGCAUUCACUUGGAUUCAGUCCACUCCCACCCGAGUUCAGAGUCACGCAGCCCUCAAUUCGCAUCAUUUUGACAUUCAGACUUUCGGAUCAUCUCUGCCUGUCAAAGUCAUGGAGGCGCUGACCAUGGCCGAUGUGGAUGAUCAUAUCUCUGUGAAGGUGGAGGCGUCCGGUUGGGCGUGGAUGGUUUGUGGAGAACGGCUGAUCAUCUGGAAAGUGUCUCAGACGUCUGUGGCAAAGCUGUCGGUGUGUAAAGACCUCCAGCUGCCCUCCAGUGAGUUUGCAUACAGCGCUGAUCUCAUCUCCAUCACUUCCUCCAGGCCACUCGAUUCUGCACCCAUACCGUCUGUCAGUGCAUUGGCCGUGUCUCCAGACGGUUCGGCCCGGUUUUGGCCCAGUCUGGCUCAUGACGGGACUUACACUGAGACAUCUCUGGAUCUCGCCGGACACGUGUGCAACUACGUCGCAGCUGUUAAGGGCGGGAGUUUCAUCGUGUCAUCAUACCGUGGGCACCUGCUCCGGCUCACUCCGGAUUCCUCCGGUAAACUGCACCAGCGGCCCGUGCAGCAGGGUCAAGGGAUGCUGUCUGGCAUCGGACGCAGGGUUUCCAGUCUGUUCGGUAUCCGCGGCCAACCGGCCGACCUCACGGUGUUCAGUGUGUUGUGGGUGAAGGAGACCGGCUGUCUGUACUCUCUCAGCUCGUGUGGCCUCAGUAAAUGGGAGGUGGAUGAGAACAGUGAGACGCAGGUGUUGAGCUGGAGCACCAAUCAGAUCAUCACAGACAGCAUCACUGACGCCAUCUGGGACUCAGAAAGUAACUACUCUGAGAUCAAGAAAGGAGUGAAUGUCUCUUAUCUGGACAUACAGUACAGCAAAGCAGGGCUGGUGGUGUUGGCAGCAGCGUGGCAUCCUGGCGACACUCCAUGUGUGGCGUAUUUCUGCCUGGUCACUCUUGCAGAAAGCAUAGCGCCUUCACCAGACCUGCUCACUGUGGAGGUCACCAAAUACAACCCGCCCUUCCAGAGUGAGGAGGAGCUGCAGAAGACGCGUGUGGUGUUGCCCGAGCCGUCGAGUCCUGCUGCGUACCUCUAUAAUGAGGAGCUGGUGUUCACCUGCAGCACUGGUGCUGGACGCGGAGGACUCGCAGAGGAGAAGAUCUCCUUCAGCUCUCCAGGUGACCGUAUCCGAGGCGGUGGGGUGUGUGCCGGUCUGCCGGUGUUUUUCUCUCAGAACAGUGGGCUGGUUGCCGUUUUAGCGAGAGAAAGUGCUUCCCUCCUACCUGAGACCAUGGAGGAGUCGCUCUGCACCUCAGUAGCUGGACCUGAGGGCACUCCAUUAGAGACGCCACCUAAAAUAGACAUGGUGGCCCAGGAGGACAAAACUAAACUGCUGAAGCAAGCGUUCCUACAGUUCUGCCGUCAUGAUCUGGUUGGAGCUCAGAGCAUGGUGUACGAGCUCUUUCCCAGCGAUGGAGAGGGAAGUGCGGAGCUGGAUGCCGUCGUGACCCAGAUUGACCUGGACCUGGUGGACGACUACCCUGCAUGUGACCCACGCUGGGCCGAGUCUGUUCCUGAUGAGGGCGCUGGAUUUACACUGACGUCUCUGAUCCUGCUGCAUCAGUUGGAGGAUAAGAUGAAAGCUCACCGCUGCCUCAUGGACUUCCUGCUUCAGACAGGACUUCUAGAUCGUCUCACUUCCACAACGGUGCGCAUGUCCCCCAUGUCCACGCGACUCUUGCUAUGUGAACAUGCGGAGAAGCUCUCGGCCGCCAUUGUGCUGAAGAACCAUCAUGCCAAGCAUCCAGAGCUGGUGAACACGGCCAUCCUGUCAGCACUGAAGAAGAGCAACACCGACAUACUGGCCAACCUCACGCCCGCGGACGUGUUCUUCAGAGAGGUGUCUCAGAUCUCCUCCAUCUUUGAGUGUCUGUUGGAUGAAGAGGAAAAAGCUUUAAAAGAGCAUUCGGAUGCUGCCAGGUGGGCCGAGGUGGUGCUCAACGUCAAUGACAUUGUCAAGGAUAUGCUUCAAGCAGCAGCGCAGUACCGAGAGACCAAAGCAUCUCUGUACAGAGCGCCAGAGAACUGCGGCCCUGAGCCCGAGUACAUCCCAUGGACAGCCUCAGGAGGAGCGGGUGGAGUUCGGACCGUCAUCACACGGCAACACGAGCUGAUCCUGCGCGCGGCGUAUCCUCACGCAGACGCGGAGCUGCGCGGCGUGCUGAGCGAGCAGCUGGUGGCGCUGUUGGACUCUCUGUUGAGCGGUUACGUGUCUCAGCUGACGUCUCUCCGCCGCACCGGACAACAGGAGCGCUACGUCAUGCUGGAGAAUGAGUACACGCAGAAACGCUCGGAGCUGCUCGCACCUCUCCUGGAGUUGGGUCAGCAUCAGUGGGUUGCGGCGCUGGCGGAGAAAUACUGUGACUUUGACAUAUUGGUGCAGUUGUGCGAGCGAACGGAUAACCAGAGUCGACUACAGCAGUACAUGGUCAAAUUCGCUGAUCAGGUCUGGGACGCCAUAUAUGGAGCCCGGAGCGCGGCGCGGCGCAGACGCGGAGCCCCUCCGCUCGACCCACCGACACCCAAAUAUGGACGAGGAUCGGGAGGAAUUCCAUUCGAAUGCACGGACAUUCCUUAA